ACUGUUAUUAAUUUUGCCUCAUGAUUAAGUCGUUUUUUCCAUAAUAUUAUAUUUAAUUAAUAUUAAUUAAUCAUUUUUAUAUUACCUAUUAUUCAUUUUUUAAAUAAUUUUAUUCCUUUGUCAAUAUAUCUUUUUACAGCGCAAUUAGUUGCAUUGUUAUUGUUGUUCUUUGAAAAAUAAAUAAAGUUUUUCAUAAUCACACCAAAUGUGGAAAUGUAACAAAAUUUUUUUUCAAUUAGUAAUAUUCGUCAUUUGUUUACGUCAUAUUGUGUAAUUUACUUUUUAAAAUAAAAUUCGUAAACAAGAAAUAAAUUUUCCGAGUAGAUAAUAUACAAUGUUAGUUAUCUUUUUUCAUGCUUAAAUAAUUAUUACUCGAAAAUUAAUUAGUAAGAAUAAAAAUUGUCUCAAAGAAUGUUUAAAUCUGCCUCUAGUGUGAUUAACCUCAAGAUUAAUUAUUCUUUGAGUUUAAUAUUUCUACGAAGACUUCGCACUUUAGAAAAUAAUGGAUCACAGCCCAGGACAUUGUUUCAAAAUUUAAUUAAAUUGGGAAUAAAGAAAUCAAAAAAUUGUGAUUCCCAAUUUUUUUCAGGCGUCAAUAAUAAUAAUAAUAAUAAUCGCCCGUCAAAAUGGCCAUCAGGAAUAAAAACAAAUUUUAAAUUUCAUUCAGAGACGGAAGCUAUCAUGAAUGAGCAAAUUAAUGCUGAGUUCAAGGCUUUUUAUUACUACCUAUCAAUGGCAUCGUAUUUUGGCCGAGUUGACGUUUCACUUCCGGGAUGCGAGUCAUUUUUUACUCAAAUGCAUCAUGAGGAACAUGGUCAUGCAUUAAAAUUAAUGAACUACAUAAAAUUACGCGGAGGUUCUGUUGCUCUCUGUGCAAUUAAACCUCCCGAGGAUGGAGACUGGAAAUGUCCGCUUAAUGCCUUCCAAACUGCACUUCAACUUGAAAUGGAAGUAACAGAAAAACUAGUUUCAGUGAAUUCGAUUGCUGAGAAACAUGGCGAUUUAAAUGCGAGUGAUUUUAUAAUUACUUAUUUCAUGGAAGAUCAAAUGAAAAGUAUUAAUGAAAUGGCGAGACUGGUAACAAUUUUGUCAGGAGUUGGCGAUGAAUCACUGGCUCGAUUUAUGUUUGACAAAGAAUUAUUAAAUAAUCAUGUUCUACCUGCUUUUAAUAUUUUAAAGAACUCUAAAACUUUUGAAAGUACAACACAGUUUUUCGAUAAAUUCAAAAAAGAAAAAUAAUACCAAAAAAAUUUUUAAUUAAUUAUUACAUUUAAUUAAAUAUUAAAUUUAAAAAAAUUUAAGUUAUUUAAAAAUUCUCCUAUUGUUUAAAUUUAUAUAUUUUUACAUAAAUUUUUGUAUUUAUCUCGAAUAAUGAGAAUUAACAAUUAGUAUUUUUGUAAUUCGGAUUUUAUUAUCAGUUUUAAAAACAGACUUUAUUAAACCUAAAAUUAUUGAAUUUCAUCCACCGAAUUGCAUUUUAUAUAUAACAAUAUAGGAAAAUUCAUUCACUCCGAAUUCAGUAAAAUCGUUGCCUUUCAUACUUUUAUUUAAAAAAAAAAACCAAAUUCACUGAAAUUGUUGCCUUUCAUAUCUUUAAAAAUAUUAAAAAAUAAUCAAAUUCACUAAAAAUCAUUGCCUUUCAUACCCGCAAAUGUAUAAAAAACAUCAGCAUUUUCUUUUAAAAAUAUUAAACAAAUACACAAUAAUAUACUGUGUAUUGAAUUGUGCAAUUGAUGAACUGAACAUAUUAUAAAGAAUGGGAGAUGAAUAUUUCAAGAUUUACAGUCAGUGGAGAAAAAUAAUUACCUAAAGAAAAAAAAAAAAAUAAAC